AUGAGUGACAAGGGAGACAAGACAUGCCCAUUGUGUGCUGAGGAGAUGGAUUUGACUGAUCAGCAAUUGAAGCCAUGCAAAUGUGGUUAUGAGAUCUGUGUUUGGUGCUGGAACCACAUUAUGGAAAUGGCUGACAAGGAUAAUUCUGAGGGUCGCUGCCCGGCAUGUCGCAUACCUUAUGACAAAGAAAAGAUUGUGGGGAUGGCAGCGAACUGUGAAAGGCUAGUAGCUGAAAUGAAUUCAGAGCGAAAACUGAAGUCACAUAAGGUGAAGCCAAAAACGUCUGAUGGAAGGAUGCAUCUAAGCAAUGUUAGAGUAAUUCAACGGAAUCUAGUGUAUAUAAUUGGAUUACCUCUUAAUCUUGCAGAUGAAUCCCUUCUUCAGCGAAGAGAGUACUUUGGCCAAUAUGGAAAGGUUCUGAAGGUGUCUAUCUCUCGAACUGCAACAGGGGCAAUUCAACAUUCUGCAAACAACAGUUGUUGUGUGUAUAUAACAUAUGCAAAAGAGGAGGAAGCAGUUCGUUGUAUUCAAUCAGUGCACAGUUUUGUCUUGGAAGGUAGAUCCUUGAGGGCAUGCUUUGGAACAACAAAAUACUGCCAUGCAUGGCUGAAAAAUACACCUUGCAGCAUUCCAGACUGUUUAUAUUUACAUGAUUUUGGCUCUGAGGAAGAUAGUUUUACAAAAGAUGAUUUAGUUUCAGCCUUUACAAGGAGUAGAGUACAACAAAUUAUUGGUGCUACAAAUAAUUUGCAUCGGCGUUCAGGAAAUGUUUUGCCACCGCCAGCAGAUGAGUGCGUCAAUAAGAACACAUCAUUGACAGUCAAAAAUGAUUCCAAAAAUUCUUCAAAUCAAAAUAUUGUGAACUGGGAUAGCGGGUCAUGUGCAGAGAGUGGUGCUGGAAGAUCCAAUACACUUCAAGGGGCAGCUUCAUGGGUCACGCGUGUUGCUGGCAGUUUGCCACCGCUUACAAGUUUGCCAUCAUCAGGUGGGACUCCCAAUGCUAAACCUGAAACAUCACAUGGUUCCCAUGCUGUUGCUUCAGAAGUUGUGAGUACCAAAAGUUCUGGUGAUAUAAAAAGAAUCAUACCUGAAGGAAGCUGUGAAGUGUACCCUGCCAAUCUAACAUUGAUUGACCAUUUAUCUUGUCCUCCUGCAUCUCAGGACAGUGCUGGUGAUACUGCAGCACCACCAGAUGGAACUAGCCCUUCGAAACUCACCAAACCAUCCUGUAUUACAGUUCUUGAUGAAGAUGAAAAUUUUCAUGCAGAUGGGGACCUGCAGGGACUAUGCUCUGGGUUAUCAUCAAUUAGCAUUGAUGGUCAUCUCAUGGAUGAGUACCUUGAACCUGUUACUUCAGAGAUUUCAAUCUCUAAUCAUAAACUGCCCAAAAGUCAAGGCUCACAACCUUUUGUGAGCGAGCCUCCUAGUGAGUCUUCAUCCUCGCCAACACAGAGAGAAUGUGCAAUUGUUGAGGAUUUACUAUUUUUUGAUGAUCAGGAAGUCCACGGCUUUGGAAGCAUCCAUCAUCAACCGCCCAUAUUGUCUUUACCCUCUCCAAAACAGCAUUUGGAGCAGUCAACCUAUCAUUCCUGGCAGCAAGGCGAGAAUCAUCAAAGCACUAUUGAUGUCCAUUCAAGCAUUGUUCCCAAUAAGAAUGAUGAGGUUGCUUUUCCAUUCAGAUCUGGCAACACAGCUCUGUCAAAUGGAUUGCAUGACAGGCAAGCUAAUGGCCUUGCUGAGUGGGAUAGGUCUUCUAACUACUCUAGCGUCUUGUCAGAGGUAGGAUCAGGGAAGUGCAUUGAAGAACAUGGUAGUAAUGUGGCUAGUAUUGACUAUAAACUGGAUCUAGAUACUGAUGAAAGCAGCAUUAUCUCAAAUAUUCUAUCCAUGGAUUCUGGUGUGUGGGAGGAUUCGUUGACAUCGCCUCAGAGUUUCGUUAAGUUGCUGGCUGAUAAUGAUAAACAAAGUUCCCACAAAAUACCAUGCAUGCGAAAAGCACAGGAGAGUAGUCAAUCAAGGUUCUCAUUUGCCAGGCAGGACGGUUUCUCCAAUAACUUGCCUAAUUUUGAGCAUUCUUCAGAAAAUGCAACAAAUAUGUCUUCUGCCUCAAGUUAUAUUAUUGAAAACAAAGAUCCUUGGAUGGACAAUUAUCAUGGUCUCUCUUCAAAUAUUAGUUCUGCAGAAUCGAAUGGUUUUCUCAGCAGGCAUCCUUUUACAUCUUCUAGCUUUUCUGUUUCCAAAACUUCCACUUCUUCCCCUCCAGGAUUCUCAGUACCAAGCAGAGCUGUACCUCCAGGCAUUCCUACACAUGGGGCAGUGCACUAUGAUUUUGACCAUUCAGCAAAUCAUUUUCUUCAAAACUCUACUCCACUAUCUAGGAAUAUUGGCAUCUCUGGGGAUGUUGAAUUCAUUGAUCCUGCAAUAAUGGAAGUUAGCAAAGGAUUUCUGUCAGCAAGGCUGAAUAAUCCAGGCUUUGAUGCAAAGCCAGCUUUAUCUCUUCAGUGUAGUCCUUUUGAUCAUGAUUCAGAGCUUCAGAUGCUGAUGCGGCAAUCAAUGUCUGCACAUCAGAACCCCAGGUUAUCAGAUCGCUUCAGGAAUCGGUUCUCCCCACCAGAUGAUGCUUACACCAUUUCACCCAUGCUUCUGGGUCAAUCCCCACCUAACAAACCAUCAUCAUUUACACAGUUGACAGCUCAACAGCUUAGAAACAUGCACAUCUCUAAUAGCAGUUUGGGUGGUUGGAAUGAGGUAAAAAGCAUCAGUGAUCCUUGUAUGCCAGAAUUCCUUGGAAAUGGAGGGCUGGGAUUUAGCAAAUUCGUGCCUAGUUAUGAGGAUCUGAAGUAUAAGAUGUCUGGUUCCAGCAAUCUAUAUAACAGAGGAUUUGCAAUAGUGGUUGAUUUGGUGCGUUCUAAGGUGCCCUUAGAUGAAAUAUGCUUUGGUUUCGUUGUGUCUGUGGUGCGUAUUGGUUGUUGGCAAACCAUAGUCAGGUGCAUUCUUUGCCCCUCUCAUCACCAGGAACUUCUAUCUUCUGUUGGAGGGAGUGAAAAGCCAGUUUAUCAUCAUGACAGAAUUGAAUGUUGGCUAUGCAUGUUCCAUGCACUACUGACAUCUUUUAUUCCACAUGAAGAGAAGGUUGGCUGGGAAAAGAACACUGGUUUUAACAAUGCACAUUUUGGCAGAUUUUUAGACUUGGAGUGA